AUGGAGACCAUCUACCUUUGCAAAUUCCGAGUAUCUAUGGACGGAGAAUGGCUCUGCCUGCGAGAGCUGGAUGACAUCUCACUUACACCUGACCCAGAACCUACCCAUGAAGGUAUGGUCAGACCCCAUCUUCCGGCAUCUCACAGCAUCCUCAUUGUUACAGGAGGCUGGGUGGGUCAGGGAAAGGUAGGAAGAACCUAUAGACUAUUAACGCGCCUAAAACCUUUCAUCCCUAACUACCAGCCAGCUCCCCCCAUCUCACUUCCUGGCGGGGGGGGAUUUUCCCUGCCCCCUGAGAUAUCCUUUCAAAAGAUGCUGGUGCUUAUUUACAGCUCUUUGUCUUUAAGCCUCUAAACAGAACAGUGGAGGUCACUUACCACAUCUCAUCCUGAUCGCUAAUGAAAAAGCUUCUAAUUUUGUUCAUACAUUAAAAUAUUGUACAACUUGUAGUGAUUCUUAACAGAGUAAGUUAAAAGACAGCAUGAAUCUAAUUCUAGAGUUGUAAAUGCUAAAGGGAUAUCCUGUUAUAAAGAUAUAAUGUUAAAUAGGCAAUAACCUCUAGAAAAUACAUGAUAAAACAUUAUUUUUUUUUAAUUAAUAUGGACUUUUAGGUUAAAUGAGAAAGCAGUUUUACAUCCAGUGCUUGUUUAGUAAAUAUGGAAUCCAGCAAAAGCAUAAUGUCUUGAAAGGGUUAAACCUGAUUAAUAUGGUAAUCCCUAUCUUGGCCAUUGCUUUUUAUAAGUUACUUGUGGUCACUAUUAUGACCCAUUUGAAAUUUCCACUGUUAGUACCUUUGAGGCCUUUGUAGUGGACUUUUCCCCAGAACCUUCCUAGAUUAAGAGGAAUUUUCGACUUCUCCUUAAUUCUCUUUACUCAGUACUGUACGAAAAGAGUUGAUUUGAAUCAUUUCUGGAAAUUGUUUUGUUUUUAAUAUAACAUGGUGGCUUUUUAGCUAGCACUUAUUCCCUACCCUGAAAAUAAUGAAGAUAGAAAUGCCCAGAUAAGAGGAGAAAUUCUUCAUAAACAUCUGCCUGAUGUUUAGGUGUAUCUGUAAGGCAGAGGGCCCUAAACUGAUGGGUCAGAAAAAGUGCUUUCUUGCCCUUGACCUUGUGUUGCAAUCUUAUCGUGACUCAGAUUUCACCCUUUGUGUCUGUUAAGGAUUUAUUUUCCCUUCCAGGCUUAACCUUGAGAAAGUUUUAGAAGGUUAACAUCACAGAACCCAAAGCAUUAGUUUGGGAUAUGCCUUGAAGACAGUGUUUAAGUAGUUUUUAAGACCUUUUGAACCUUUUAACAAUUGGUUUGUCAUUUGGACAGCUUCUUUCACAGUAAGUUUCAGAAUGUGCUGAAGAGUCAGAAAACAUCAGCUGAAACUCCAUACAAUACUAGUACUGUUUACUAGAAUAGCCAAAGCUUUAAGAAUCAUCAGGGAAGAAAAAUAUAUUUUUGGAAGGCUACCAAGAAUUGUUUAGCAAAUGCCUCAGUUUGUACAUUUUGUGUAAAAAAAAAAAAAAAUUCUGUUCAUUUUGAAAGUCAUGCAAUGUGAAAUAUUCUCCUAUAAAUAAAUAUCAGUUUGUUGGUGUCUCAAAAAUAAUUUCAAACAAUUUUUAGUACCUUGGAUACUCUUUUUUUUUUUUUGAGCAAGAUUCCUAUGUGUAAACAAAAGUGAGCUCUCUGGCUCACACAAGCAUUUGCAGCAGUGCUGCUUGAACCCUUCAGCAGAUUGCUCAGUAAUAUGAAAAAUAUAUGACAGCUGCAACCUCAGGUGUAAGUGACACAUCCUUUGUUUAAAGAAAACAGACAAAUAGGAAGUUUCCAGGACCUAUAAGAGGAUGUGGAGGAAAAUAGAGAAAUGCUAACAACGAAUUUUGGAAUUGUGCCUUAAAUUGACCAGAGAAGCAAUUGUUUCACAUGAUUAGAAAUGGAAAUUAAAAAAAUAAAAAAUCACAAGCCCAGGAAAGAAUGUAUAGGUAUAGUAAUUUAGGAAACCACAUGGAGAGCUUUACGUGGAUCUUAUUACCUUGCUGUAGUGUCUGACUCUGAAUGCCUGAGCAGUCAUUUGGACCCAAGAAAUGUGUGUUUUCAGGUUAAUACCAGUGACAAUUGUUAGGCUUAGUUUAGCUGUAAGUAAUUAAGUUGUGGUCACCAGGCCAGUGAUGAGGUGAAUCUCACCUUGUUGACCUAAUGGAGAGCCUGGUACUUAAACACAUGGGAAUAUUCACAGGAUACUUUCUGGCUGAUAAUAGAGAGAAAGACUUCUGACCACACAUAUCCUGCAAUGAGGACCUGACUUCCACAGGAGAACACGGGCAAAAAGCAUAAGAUGGUAAUACAGACUGACAGUGUGUGGUCUCAGCAGUAUAAGCUUUGUAGUUUCCAAGUUUUGUUUUCUGAAAACAAAAUUCCUGCUCUUCACUGUGCAGCACAUACGGUGCAGCACACACACUGUGCAGCACAUCAGUGCUUAUUAAUGGUCGGUGAGGUGAUCUCUUUAAAAAAAAAAUACACUUUUUCUUAAACUAGCAUGAGCAAAACUACAACUUUAGUUGUAAGUAGAUUUCCCCUAAAGAGCCUAAGAUUCUGCAGCAGAGGGGAGUGAUCAGGAAAGCCUUCAUUGAGAGGCUUGCACUGGACCUUGAGAGAUAACUAGGUGAUCAGAAGGCAGAAAAGGAGGAGGGUGUUUCAGACAGUACACAGGGAGCACAUUGCUAGCUAGGAGCAUAGCAUCCUGUGUUUGGCAUAGCAGGGUGCAAUCCUGGAAAGACAGGUAGGGUCUCAACUGUGGCAGGUUUCCUGUGACCUAUGGAGAACUGUGGACUUGAUUCUCCAUCUAGGAAUAACAUGAACAAAGAUUUAUAUUGUGGAAUAAUCACUCUGGCAGCAGCUUAGAGGAUGGAUCAGAAGGGUAUAAGCCCUUCAGGGACCCUUACCAAGACUAUAAAAAAUGGUGCUAGUAAGAGAUGAUAAUCCCAAACUAAGGCAGUGAAAGUGAAGAGAGAACAAAAGGAACGGUUAUUUGAGAGGCAUAAUGCACUGGAUGCUAAGUGGCUGUGGAGUUGGAGGAUGAAGGUGAGGAGGCAGCUAGGAUGACUCCCAAGUUUCUGGAUUUCAGUCCUGGGUUAUACUCACCAGAAAGGAACAGAGAAAGAAGAGUGGGUUUGAGAGGUUGGGUCCCUGAUGCUAACAGAUUAUGAUUUAACUGUAGGAACAGUAUCACUUCAUCAGAUUAGCUUUACACAUACCCCAACAGAAGCAUAAGUCAGGUUUAUUCUUUUCCAAAUUAUAUACUUUGGGCUUGGUCUGUACUCCAACUUCCAUUAAGAAUCAAAUCCUCACAUUUAGUUGGAGGGUUCUAGUGAGUAAGAUUUAAAUGGACAUUCAGAUCUGAGAAGACGACUCCCUUUUUGUCACAUUGGCACUGGAGGACUAGCUUUGUGUAUGUACAACUCAUUUUUCAUUUUCCUGAUGCAUGGAAAUGACCGCUCAGAUUCUUUGAGUCGAUUUUGCUUAUUUUUAGUUUCUGAGAGCAUAGUAGAAUUUUAAGGUAAAAGAACUUCUAAACUCUAAAACACCAUGGAAUAUUUAGAGAAUAUAGGCCAGUUGUUUUUCUCAAGAAUGGAAACAAAACACCUGUUAGACUUUUAAGCAUCAUUGUAGUAAUUUAAGAAUGAUUCCGUUACUGAGAUUCUUUAUAGUUAUGAUUUUUUAGAAGUCCUGUGUUCGUUUGUUAUAAUUAACAAUUUGUGUUGAUUAAAAAAAAAAUUUUUUUUGACACUUUAAGAGAAUCUUUAAAGAAGGAAGUCCAGAGCCUUUCAAGGUUUAUCUCGUAUGUCAUUAAACCUGAAUUAGCUUAAAAGACAGCAGUAGUUGCAUUUCAAAAGAGAAAAUGGCAUUUUGUAUACAGUGAGACCUGUGGGAGCCUGAACUCCCCAGGACUGCGUUGUUUUUCUCGCAAGUUUUCCACCUUUGACAGGGUGCAGUCUUAACAAUUUUCUAUCACUCAUUUUAGUGGAAAAUAUUCUAGUUUUCCUUCCCUGACAGGUUUCCACUUUACACAGUUUCUGGCUUUCACAGAUUUUACUGUGUUACUUUUACUUAGUAAAGUGUUUUGUAGACGGAUUUUUGCAUAGGAUUUAUGGUCUAAGUCAGAUUGCUUACUUGUUCUUAAACUAAAUGUACCAUUUUUAGUCCAGUUUUCCUUUUUUUCCACACCCCUACCCUCCUGUAUCGUUUUUGGGAUAUUUUUGUGGCUUGAAUGACAGGCAAGUUAAAAAACUCAAUUUAAAGUAAUUCUUUUUUUCUUAUGUCUUUAUUAAAAUGGGUCUAAGUUGAAUUUUUUUAAGAUUUUUUUUUCCUGAUUAUAAAAGGAUGUUAAUUGUGGGGGAUUUGGAAAUUUGUAAGUAGAAUUUUGGCAUAAAAUCCAAGUGAUCAUGAAGAAAUCUGCUAAAUACCUAAUGAGUCUGUUUAGAAUUUGGUGGAUAUUGGACUGUGGAAAACUGUGGCUCUCGGUAUAGGGAUAUAUCUGAAAACUCAUGACUUGGGUCUGAAAUGCAGUUAUUGUUUUACAUAGAGGGUUUAGUUUGAAAAUGCUAGCAAGUUUUGGCUUAGGAAACUCAGUUACAGUAUUCUCUUAAUGGAGAAUAACAAAGAACAAAAUGGGAUUUCUAGUAACUGCUUAGAAGAGUCACUUUAUCAUUGUCUUAAAUCAAUUUAGGCAUCUGGUUUUAUAGCCUGGAGUUUGGGGUUGAUUUAGCUGUUCGUGCUUUCAGCUGCCAUGAUGGUCAUUAAUGUAGAGCUAAUAGUGGCUAAAAGCAUAUAUUUUGUAUCUUGGAUUUGGAGUUAGUCCCGUACCCUAUUACUAAGCCAUAUGACCAUGGAAGAGUUACUGAUCUCUCUUGGCCCAAGUUUUCCUCAUCUUUUAGUUAUACCUACUUCAUAGUACCUACCUGAUGGUAGGCUGAGGGGAUUAAAUGUGAUAAUUUAUAAAACCCGUUGCCGUAGAGUCGAUUCUGACUCGUAGUGACCCUACAAGACAGAGUAGAAGUGCCCCAUAGGGUUUCCAAGGAGCGGCCAGCGGAUUCAGACUGCCAACCUUUUGGUUAGUCAAAUGCUUAACCACUGCACCACCAGGACCCCAAUUUAUUAAAAAAAAAAAAGCACCCUGUAAAUGUUAGCUAAUUGCAUUAAUGGUUGUUCAUGGAACAGUAAUUUCAGCUUCAGUAGUUUAAGCCACAUUCACAAAUUUAUUUACAUUUUAAUUUAUAUUCCUGUUUUUACAUCGAACCUUCUGGAACAGUAUUCUGCAAAGGUGGGUAUUAGUAGUUUAAAUUCAAAUUUUAGCAUUGUCUUUUCUUGGACCUUUAUAAACACAAAAAUAAUCAGUUAAAAAAAUUCAGUUUUCAAAAAUGUGUGCUUUUCUAUUAACCUUUCAGGGAUGGGAAAUUUGACAUCAAGAGGUGAUAAUCGAUGAUAAGUUUAAUACACAAAUAAACCAUUUGGCCACCAAGGCAAAUAGAAUCUUUGAAAUUAUUUUUCAACUGAGAAAAUCUUCUCAAAUAUAGACAAUAAGAAACAGGCUAUGAACAAUGACAUAUUGGACAGACACAUUGAGACAAGAACCUUUGCUCACAUCUUUGAUUUUUUUUUUAUAGAGAACUACGUGAUGGUGCAGGAUUCAUAAUGCUAUUAUCAUUGCAUCACUCUGUGAUUUUUCCCUGGUAGUUACACUGCGUGGUAUUCAUUUAGAGUAGCUGGUAUUUAUAAAAAAAAAAAAAAAUUUUUUUUUUUGGUAUUUAUACUGUAUUGUGUAAAGAGAUAACUUGUAUGAAACAUCUAUGGUUAUAGUAAUUGCAGUGUACUAUAUGCAAGGAAUUUGUUUUGAUCUAUUGAAUAUUGGUCAGGAAUAUUUAUUGGGCAUCCCUUAAUAUAUAGUCCGGUGAGCUCACAGUCAAGGUUGAGGAAUGAAACAAAGAUAUCAGAGGCUGCUGUACAAUAAGUGUUGCCAAAGGACAAUUCCACUUUUUAGACUUGGGACAUGGAAUUCAAAGCAAGAUAGCACUUAGUGUGACCACUUUUCCUAAAGGAUAGUGUGGGUACAGAUUUGGAUCAGGUUUUUCCAAUUAAUAGGGAAUGCGCGACUGUAUAGAAAUAUAAUAAGCAAGGAAAGAGCCUCUGAAGAUGAAAUGGAAAGUCUUUGCAUUCAGUGACUAUGGAAAAUGUCUGGUGCAGAGAAAAUCACUACUGACAUUUACUAACAUACUUUUAUUCAGUAAUGAUCACUGCACACUAGUACAACCCCAGCCUGCCUGGAAACUGCAUAUGUUUAAGGUACACGCCCCAGUGAGUAUGUUGGCAGGGGAAGCCAAAUGGCUGUUUACCAAGAGAUUUCACAGCAGGAAUUCAUUACAGUCUAGUGCAGGGCUUCCAAACGUGGGAUUCAUGAACUCCCAAAAAUUAUACAUAAAAUUUUGUAUCUGUGCAAUUUUUUUCUGAGGGAAAAAAUCCUUAGUGUCUUUUAGAACUUCGGAAGAAAUAAGGAAUGUUUAGUAAACAUGCAGUUUUUAUCAUUAUAAGAUCAGACCCUCAGCCCUUGAUUCAACAAGCAUUAAAUAUCCUGCUUGAUGCCCAGCACUGUGUUAGGUCCUAGAAUUACAGCACAGUGAACAAGCCUGGUCCUCUGUAUUUUCUGAGCUUAUUGACAAGUACAGUGUGGGAUGUUUCAAACAAGUAAAAUGGCAGUCCUGUUACAGUGCAAUGAUUACAGGAGGGAAAGUCCAGAGUGCCAUGGGAAUGUAGAGGAGGGGCAGCAAAUCUUGUCUUGGGGGACUCCAGGGAAGAUGUCCAGUUGAAGUAGUGUUUGAGUUUAAGGCAAGACCUGACAAAUGUACAGGUGUUACCUAGGCAUAAACUAGAAACUGAGGUGUGGAAGGGAUGGGGAAGAAACAGCACAUGCAGAGACCCAAAGGCCAGAACUGAAAGAUUGUCAGUGUGUCUUUUCAGCCCUUUGCUUUGUAGUAAAUUUUACCUUUAUUAGAAAUAUUAAUAGAGUCACAUGCUCUAUUAGGGACAAAAAUAUUAGAGGUUGUGAUGAAAUAGCAGUGUUUUCAUCCUCUUCUGGUUGUCCAGAGGAGUCCUGGUGGCACAGUGAUUAAGUACUCAGCUGCUAACCAAGAGGCCGACGGUUUGAACCCAUCAGCCGCUGCAUGGAAGAAAGAUGUGGCAGUCUGCUUCUGUAAAGAUUUACAGCCUUGGAAACCCUACGGGGCAGUUCUCUGUUCUACAGGGUUGCUAUGAGUUGGAAUCGACUUGGCUGCAGUGGGUUUUUUGAUUGGUUGUGCAGAAUAUUAACUUUUUAACACUAAAAAUGUGAAAUUUUUUAACUGAUUAAUCUCAUUACGCAGUGAUUAAGUUCAGCUUGUGCAUUUUUGUAGUUUAAUAAAAUAAGCAUAUAUUAAACCAUGUAAUAAGUGAAUUUUAAUAGGCCUCUUAAAUAAGACUUAAUAAGAACUGUUUUUCCCUCAUCAAAUAGAAAAAUGAAAACAACUAUUACUCUUCAUAUUGAAUAGCAUAAACGUGUAAAUUUGUGGCUUGAAUUCCUGUUUUCAUUAUGUGUGACUCCUUCCUUAGUCUUUUGAUGAUGAGCACGUGUUUCUUAUCAUAGGCAUGUAAUGCUCAGAAGUUCUUAAUGAAACCACUUAACUGAAAAAAAAAAAAAAGUUGAUGAAAAAUCAAAGCUUCAGUUGUUUUCAUAAAUUUGUUAAUUGUAUCAGAAAUAGCACUUAGCUAUAAAUGCCCUUUCUGUGUUUAAUAAAACACCUGUGUACACACACAGGUGUGUGUGUGUGUGUGUGUGUGUAAAAUUACAUAAACCAGAUUUAAGGCAUCUGGUUAUUACAGUUUUCUGUUAUGAUUAAACAGCAAUCGUCCGUGUUUAGGGCCUACAUACAUGUUUAGGAUGUAAAGACGUAUAUAUGUUUUCCAUUCCCCAACAAAGUCUCCAUUUUGUCUUUCAUUUUCAUUUCCACAACUGCUAGGAUCUGAUCAUGUCACCCACUUUUCAGCAUUUCCCCAAACCCAUGUCUUCUCUAUACUACUGCUUCAUUCUUUGUACACUGCCAGAUGAGUCUUCAUGAAAGUCACUUUUCAUUCUAGUACAAGAGCCUGUUUCAGUUUACCUUCUGUAUUGAACAUAGUUGUUGUCGUCAAGUCACCUCUGACUUAUGGCAACCCCAUGUGUUACAGAAUAGAAUUGCUCCAUGGGGUUUUCAAGGUUGUGACCUUUUGGAAGUAGGCCUUCAAGCCUGUCUUUCUAGGCACCUCUGGGUGGGUUCAAACUACCAGCCUUUCAGUUAGUAGUCCAGCUGCUAGUUAGCACCAGCCAGGGACUCAUUUAACACAAAGUAUUCCUGAAAAAGUGGUGGUGGUAUAGCAGGAGGAAAAGCUAUCAUUCAUUGAGCAGUUACUUGGUACCGGGAAGUUUGCUGUGUCAUUUAAUCCUCACAACAACCCUUUAAGCCUGGGUACUGUUAUUGUCACCAAUUUAUAAAUAAUGAAAAUAACAUUUGGAAAGCUAGCAAGUGAUAGAACAAGGAUUCAAACUCAGACAGCCAUGGUUCAACCCAUAUGCAACACUCCUAUGCUAGAAUUCAAUGAGUCCAAUAACCGACUUGCUUGUAAUAAGGGAAUUCUCCUUCCCAGUCUUUGGUGACAUAUUUCCAGCAGUUUUGUAUGUAAUUUAACACAGCAUUGGAAAGCUUAAAUCCAGUGAGUAUCCAAAUAAGGCCAAAAAAAUAGAUUGUCAUCAAUUAAAUGACCUGACCUUUUUAUGCACUCAUUUUCUUUUUCCUCUUUCUACUCAUUUUUAUAAAAUAUGUAUAUAAUAAUUGUGCAGACACAGCCAAACAGCAAAAGUAGUACACGAAAUUAACCUAUCUGAUCUCUACAUGCUAAAUGUAAUAUGUUUCUCAAGCUGAUGUACAAAAAUGAUGUGAAAAGCAUUUUGUGAUAGCAGCGUGUUCAUAAUUAGGGAUUGCUUGAAAUAGUAGCAACACUGAAUCCUUAACACUGCCAAGCAUUGCCAUACCCUCCUUUAAGUAACUUUAUAUAUCCAACGUUUUUUCAGACUCCUUUUCGAUAUACUUAGUCCUGCCAGGCUGUUGAUUCUGAACUUCACCAAAACUCCGAUUAUUCUCGUCAUACUGUUCCCUCUUAAGAUUCUUCACUCCGAUACUACGGUAAAUCAGGAAAGGGAAAGGACUCCUGACUCCUUUCACUUGUUUAAAUGCACUUGGAAUUAUUCUCCAGUUAUUUAUUUGAUGCUUCCUUUAUAAAAAGUAUAUAGGAAUUUCUUUGGAGCAUGACUUGACUUUUCCAUGUUUCAGAGGGCCUCUUACUACUGUGUACUGUUUAUGGUCUGUGCCCAACAAACUCUCGAUGAACUCAGUAAUGCCCUAACCCAAAAACCAAACACAUUGCCAUUGAGUCGAUUCCAACUCAUAGCCAGAGGACAGGACAGAGUAGAACUGCCCUAUACAGUUUCCAAGGAGUGGCUGGCGGAUUCAAACUGCUGACCUUUUGGUUAGCAGCUGAACUCUUAGCCACUCUACCACCAGGGCUCCAAUAAUACCCCAUAACCACAGAAAAUAAUUCAUUUUAAAAGAUAACAUAAUGCCUUCCAUAGUUAUUUUUAACUAGUUACAAUUUAAUUUAUGGUUUCUGUUUUUUUAAUUUUCUUCUUUUUUUUUUAAUCAGCUAUCUCAUUUUUCAGACUCAAUGUAUAUUAUUUGGGAAACAGUAGUAUAAUGUAGCUGUUUCAAAUAAAGUAGCUUUUUUUUCUUUUUUAAUCUCUCUAUGAGUAAGAUUUAGUGCUGAUGAAGGUAUGUGUAAAACUCAGGAGCUCUGCUAGUAGGAGUGUAAAUUCGUACAGCUCUUGUGGAAAUCACUUUUUCAGUGUGCAUCAGGACCCUUAAAAAUUAAUUCCCAGGGGUUAUGCAGCCAAAGAAAAUAAUCAGUGACACAUAGAAAAAGUUUAUGUAUGUAUAUUUGUCACAGUAUUAUGAUUUAUAGUAGCAAAACCUUGACAGCAAUUUAAUUAGCCUAAUAAGGAAAUUGUUCAAUAAAUUGUAGACCACUUAUCCAGCAACCAUUAAACAUUGUGUUGUAGAAGAAUGUAUAAUGGCAUGGGAUAAUGUUUAGAAUAUAAGUUUAAAAAGCUGGCCCCCAAGCCACAUAUACACUGUGGUCCCAAUUUUAUUUAAAAUGCACGUGAGUAAAAGGAAAUGUACCAAAAAAGGAUCAUGGAAUUACAGGAGAUUUUUAUUAUGUUCCUCAUAUUUCUUUACAUCUUCAAAAUAGCCUACAAGAGGAUUUAAAACAAACAGACACACAAACCUGUUGCUAUUAAGUGUAUUCCAACUCAUAGCAACCGUAUAGGACAGAGUGGAACUGCCCCAGAGGGUUUCCAGGGAGCGGCCGGUAGAUUUGAACUGCUGACCUUUUAGUUAGCAGCUGAACUCUUAAGCGACUGCACCACCAGGGCUCCACAAAAGGAUAUUUUAUUAUAAUCAGAAAAUAAUGCUAUUUUUUAAAGAAAAAAAGCUUUAUGAUAAUUAUAGGAGCACAAUCAUCCGUCCAUCGGACUCAUUAAGUACCUUCCGUGGCAGAGUUUCACAUACCCACAAGCAGGAGCAAUCGCUAGAAAGUGGAGCUUCUGCUUUGGACUGGAUUUCCAGUAUGCUUUCCCCACAUUUCUAUUAGAUGUUUGAGUUUUUUCAGGCCACAGACCUGUGUUUGUUUACCGGGAUGCUUUGUUUUCUCAGCUGCUGGAACGCUGCAUGCAGUGCACAGGUGGCUCGCGGUAUCUAGACUUGGAAGCAUUUUCUCCAGCAUUUCAUUUUUUCCUUUCCUAAGAGUUCUGAAAAUAAAACCUGGAUCACCAGGAUUCUCUUUUUCACAGAAUCAUGUUACUGUUUUUUGCUUUCGCUGUGGCAUGCCCCCGUUAAUAAUCUGCCCUUGGUGAGAUUACUGGAACAUUUGUUGCCACCAGUCUGGCUAGACUGAGAUAUUCUCAGGUUCUCUGUGUUGUGGUUACGUUGCGCACAAGGCAGUCUUUGUGAACUUCUCAAACGGAGAAGGUCGUAGCUUUUAAUACCAUCUCAGAAGCCUACAAAGCACAGUUCUUUGGACAAGAUCAUCCCUUCUUGCUUCUCUGCCCUGAGAAUAACCCAGCUAGCUACCCUUUCAAGAUCCUAAUUAUCUCAUGGCUAACGAACGCAUGAACCUGAUGAACAUGGCUAAGCUGAGUAUCAAGGGCUUGAUUGAAUCAGCUCUCAACCUGGGGAGAACUCUGGACUCCGACUACGCACCUCUCCAGCAGUUCUUCGUGGUGAUGGAGCACUGCUUGAAACAUGGCUUGAAAGCCAAGAAAACUUUUCUUGGACAAAAUAAAUCCUUCUGGGGGCCUCUAGAGCUGGUAGAAAAGCUUGUUCCAGAAGCUGCAGAGAUAACAGCAAGUGUUAAAGAUCUUCCGGGACUUAAGACGCCAGUAGGCAGAGGAAGAGCCUGGCUUCGUUUGGCAUUGAUGCAAAAGAAACUCUCAGAAUAUAUGAAAGCCUUGAUCAAUAAGAAAGAACUCCUCAGUGAAUUCUAUGAACCCAAUGCCCUUAUGAUGGAAGAAGAAGGAGCCAUAAUUGCUGGUCUCCUGGUGGGUCUGAAUGUCAUUGAUGCCAACUUCUGUAUGAAAGGAGAAGAUUUGGACUCUCAGGUUGGAGUCAUAGAUUUUUCAAUGUAUCUCAAAGAUGGGAACAGCAGUAAAGGUAGUGAAGGAGAUGGUCAAAUUACUGCAAUUCUGGACCAGAAGAACUAUGUAGAAGAACUCAACAGACAUCUGAACGCUACUGUAAACAACCUUCAGGCAAAAGUGGAUGCAUUAGAAAAAUCUAACACAAAACUGACAGAAGAGCUUGCAGUUGCAAACAACAGGAUUAUUACCUUGCAAGAAGAAAUGGAACGAGUUAAAGAGGAAAGCUCCUACAUAUUGGAAUCCAAUCGGAAGGGUCCUAAGCAAGACAGAACUUCAGAAGGGCAAGCACUGAGUGAAGCAAGAAAGCAUUUAAAAGAGGAAACACAAUUGCGACUGGAUGUUGAAAAAGAGCUGGAGAUACAGAUUGGCAUGAGACAGGAGAUGGAAUUGGCCAUGAAGAUGCUGGAGAAGGAUGUCUGUGAGAAGCAGGACGCCCUGGUGUCUCUACGGCAGCAGCUGGACGAUCUCAGGGCUCUCAAGCAUGAACUUGCCUUUAAGCUGCAGAGUUCAGACUUAGGAGUAAAACAGAAAAGUGAACUAAACAGUCGCUUAGAAGAGAAGACUAAUCAGAUGGCUGCUACCAUUAAACAACUGGAACAAAGAUUGCGCCAGGCUGAGCGAGGCCGCCAGUCUGCCGAGUUGGAUAACCGGCUCUUCAAGCAGGACUUUGGAGACAAGAUCAACAGUCUGCAGCUGGAAGUGGAGGAGCUCACCAGGCAGCGGAACCAGCUUGAGUUAGAACUAAAACAGGAAAGAGAAAGAAGGUUACAAAACAACAGCAAUGUCCCAGGAAAGGGUUCACAGAAGACAGAACCCAAAACGGAUGGGAAGCACAGAAUUCAAGAGGAAAAUGUUAACCUAAAAAAGCCCUUGGAAGAAAGCCACAGGCUGCAGUCUCACCCCAUGGAUCAACAGGAUCAACCUCUGCUCUCUGAAAAGCCACAGGUGUGUCAGCUAUGCCAGGAAGAUGAUGGCAGCAUAAAAAAGAAUGUGUGUAAGAACUGCAAAGGAACCUUCUGCAAUGCCUGUUCAACAAAUGAACUGCCUCUCCCUUCAAGUAUCACGCCUGAGCGAGUGUGCAAUUCCUGCCACAAGCAUCUGAUGAAGCAGUAUUCCACCAGCCCGUCGUAAGACAGGAGGCCAAGCCCUGGACCAAAACUUUUAUGCAGGGCCAGCCCCUACCUGUGCUAGAUGUCACGAUCCCCUAAAGCCCAGUCCUUAGGGUCAACUAAAGGGCUGACAGAGAGGAGUUAUUUACAUACUGCGAGUCCAGGGAGAAAAAGCAGAGGUUGGGGAUGCUGGAAAUUUUGCUCAUUUUUCUUAAUUACUGUAUGAAUAAAAGUUAUUCAGUUGAGCCUUUCUCUUCUCAGUCUAAAUAACCCCACUUUGAAGGGUUUACUGUAUAGCAUAUAUUUGAAAAGGCUGUUCAUUUUUAUGAAUAGUGAUAAUUCUGGGGUAGAUAUAAUAGAAGAGAGUGGUCUAAGCACUUAAGAGUAAAGAGGAAAUUGAUCAUCUCCCUCUUAUAUAUUGAGAGGAAAGAUAAAUGUUAACUGAGAUGAAAAUGACAGAUAUUAUGUAUUUCCCCAGGUGCUGCUAGACUUAAACAUUAUUUCCUCUUCACCCCCAACUACCUCUUCUUUAAAAUUAUCUCUACCAAACUGUGAACCCAAACUCAGGGGGAAAAAAAAAGAGUAAUAUAAAUUCUGAGCGUACUUGAAGCAAUACUAUAUUAUGAUUUCAGGGCCAGAAGUUUUCUGGUAUUGGCCUACAGAUGUUUUCAUUAUCAAAAUUAAAAGGCAUUUGCAGUUUUUCUACUUAAUGCCUUUAAAAGUAAGUAUCUGCCCUUUUCAGGAUCUCCUACCACAAAGCAAGCCAACAAAGCAAGCCCAGUCCAUUCCUCCUCCCAAAGUCGUAAAGGAAAUUAUAAAGAGCUUUCAAAAUAGGGUUU